AUGUUACCGAAGGUGUCAAAUGAAUACACAAGCAUUGGAUGUAACAGAUUUCCACAAGUUGCAGCUUGGGGAAAGGAUGGAACAGUUGCAUUUGGAGCUUAUAAUUAUGUGGCUCUAUAUUAUCCUGAGGAUCCGGAAUGCUGUGGCAUUAUUUCUACACUUGCAGGACACAAAGAUCGAGUAACUUGUGUUGAUUUUAUUUAUAGAGGAGAUGAAUUAAAUCAGAGGAAUAUUGCAAUAAUAUCUGGAUCGACUGACAAAACUGCCAGAGUUUGGAAAUUAACUAAAGACAAUAAAUGGGUAAAUUCGGCAAUUUUAGAAUCUCAUGGAGGCUCUGUAAAUACCCUUGGAGUAACUCGUGCAAAGUCGAUUAUUGUGGAUAAAGACCUAAUCAUAACUGGAUCUGCAGAUGGUGUUGUUAAAGUUUGGGAAAGGAGUAUUUGUGAUGAUGUUCAAGAUUCAGUAAAAUGCUUGCAAACAAUUGAUUUGGAAAGAAAGUAUCCUAUGGCCUUAGCCCUGUCGUAUUUACCAGAAUCAAAAAUCCCAAUAUUGGCAUGCGGAAGUACCGAUAAAAGGAUAUUAUUAUAUGUUCAAAAAGAUGGGCUGUUUAUUCCAUCUCUAAAACUUCAAGGACAUGAAAAUUGGAUUAGAUCUCUAUCGUUUGCUACAUACACUGAAUUGUCUUUAUCAAACAGCUUCAUCACUCCAUCUGCAUCAGAUUCAAACAUUCAAGAACAAUACAAAUUAAAGGAUGGUGAUUUAUUAUUAGCAAGCGCAUCGCAAGAUAAAUAUGUAAGAUUAUGGAGAGUCUCAUAUAAUGGUGAGGUUAGUAGCUCUUUGGAUAGUGAGGAGGUUACAAACGGAAAAUCAAAGGAAAAAAAAAGUCUGAAAGAAUUGCUAGAAAAUCUUCCAGAUGAUACAAAUGGCUUGAUUUAUCGUAUAGACGAGGAAGGAAAUACUAAAUAUCAUCAACCAAUGUCUAUUUUAACUUCUUCAUCUGACAAAUCAAUGAUGGUUUGGAAACCUGACCAGGACACUGGUGUUUGGGUGAAUUUGGUCCGAGUCGGUGAAAUUAGCGGAUCUGCCUUAGGAUUUUUCGGAGGUUUAUUUGGUCCAAAAGGAGACUAUAUUUUAGCUCAUGGCCAUACCGGUGCUUUUCAUUUGUGGAAAAACUUUAGUGAUCAUGAUUGGCAACCUAAAAUAUCAAUUAGUGGAUGUUUUAAUUCUGUACAAGAUAUUACAUGGGAUCCGACCUUUAAAUAUCUUGUCUCUGUAAGUCUUGAUCAAACAACGCGUUUAUUUGCACCUUGGAUCCGACAACUUGAUAUAGAUCAAAAAAAUGAUGCUCAAUUCUCAGAAAAACCAAAUUCUAUAGUAAUAACAUGGCAUGAAAUUGCGAGGCCUCAAAUUCACGGGUAUGAUAUACAAUGUAUUGCCUUCGUUAGUCGGUGGAGAUUUGUCAGCGGUGCUGAUGAAAAAAUAUUAAGAGUAUUUGAUGCGCCAAAAACCUUUGUUCAAUCAUUAUCAAAAUUAUUAGACGAAGAAGUUUCGGGAGAAUCGGAUUCUCGUCCGAUAGGGGCAAACCUACCACCACUUGGGUUAUCUAAUAAAGCAAUAUUUAAUUAUGAUGUUGAAAAAUUAUCAGCUCAAUCCGAAGAUGAAUUAUUAAGUCGAAAACAGACAUUCUCUGAAACUUUGACAACACCAAGUUCUUUAAAGAUUUUGGAACAACCACCAUUUGAAGAACAAUUAUUGCAGAAUACUUUAUGGCCCGAAAUCGAUAAAUUGUAUGGACAUGGAUACGAAUUAAUAAGUGCUGGUGCAAGUCAUGAUGGAAAAUAUGUAGCCUGUGCCUGUAAGGCUACAACGCCAGAAGAUGCAAUUAUCCGAUUAUAUAAUACAACAACAUGGAAAGAAUUGCCGAAUGGAUCGUUGAAAUCACAUUCAUUGACAGUUACAAAAAUUAGAUUUUCACACAAUGAUAAAUUGAUGUUGAGUGUCUCGAGGGAUAGGACAUGGUCUUUGUUUGAGAAAUGCGAAGGAGAUGAAGCAACACCAUACAAAUUUAUAACAAAGAAUAAAGCACACGCGCGUAUAAUAUGGGAUUGCUCAUGGAGUCUUGAUGAUUUGUUAUUUGCUACUGCUUCAAGAGACAAAACGGUUAAAAUAUGGAAUCGAGAAGUCGCUUCACAAUCACAAGAUCAAAAUCAAAAUCAAUGGCGUUGUAUCACAACUUUGAAACUUAACGAUGCAGUUACAGCUAUUGAUUUUGCACCUAGAUUUAUUGAUGAAACAUACAUUGUGGCAAUUGGUUUAGAAAAUGGGCAAAUUCUAUGUUACCAAUCUGAAAAAACACAAACUGAUAAAUGGAAUUUGAUAAUUGAUAUUGACAGGAAUAAUUGUCAUGUUGCGAGUGUGAAUCGCCUCACUUUUCGAUCUACAAGUACGGUAUCAAAUACAAAGGAUGUCAACAACGGUGACAAUGAAGUUUUGGAUAGGCUACAAUUAGCAAGUUGUGG